AUGCUCGCCACUCACUGGCUACCAGCCGCCCGGCUGAACAUCAACCAAGCGCGAAAGUUCUCCCUACUUUCCACCCAUGCUUCAUUCCCCGCGACCAUGUAUCGAUACCAGCUGGACCGCAAGGCUACACUAUAUGAUGUGACCCAAGACGAGACCCGCCACAGGAAGGAUGCAGUUAACGUAUCUGCUGAUGGGUUGGUUCAUGCCACAAUCUCGAAGUCCAGUCCCUACUCUAAUGGGCCAAUUUUCAUGCCGAAUUCUCGUCUUAUGCAGCAAAUGCUGCGAUUUGAUUUCGACCGGUACCAGGAAGAGAUCAGUGAUGGGAAAGCUCUUAUGGACCCCACUGUUAUCUGUAUUCCCCGAGGUACUCCUAUCCCAUCUGCGCUAGUACUAUGGAGAGAGGGCAUGUCCCGCUUCUCCCUGCAGCCUUCAAGUCCUAUGGAAAUCGAAAAGCUGAACGACGCGCUCAGCGAGUUUUAUGAGAAAUCCGCUACAGUUAUCGGCGCACAGGAAUGGAUUGAGAAACAUCCAUACCGGGAGAGUUCUCCUGACGAUAACGAGAAGGGAUGGAUGGAGGUGUAA